GAUGAAAAAAAAAAGAAGAAAAGAAAAAAAAAAAAAGGCAACUUGGGAAGAUAGGAAUUCACGGAUGAGGCAUUGUAGAGGCAUUCUACUGACUUAACUUGGAAGAGGCAAGAACAAGCAGAAGAAAAGUUUGGGUCACAAAAUUUGUUACAGACAUGGAGAGUGCCAUUAAGACGGUUGUUAUGCAGUACCUGUCUUCAGCACGGGGGAAAGAGAGCCUGAGUGGGAAGAGUUUCCAAAAGUUAGUCCAGGGCCAGCUGAGCAACAUUCUGGCAGACACGGACAGUGCUUCAGCAGUGAAGGACAUGAUGAAAGGACUGGAUGACAACCACGAUGGCAAGGUCAGUUUCGAGGAGUAUAUGAGGCUGAUGGGCUACGUGGCUAACUCACUGAGUGAACAGAGAGCACAGAACAACACGAGUGGACAACAGGCCGAAGCAAAAAAGCACUGAUGACAUUUGAGUUAAUGACACACUGACACUACAUUUGUAAUGCUGGAGUCUUACACAAACAUUCAUGGUAAAUAUGCAAUAUAACAUUUGCAAUUAAACUACCCAUAAACUGAUCUCAAACAGUUUUAAAGUCUGAUAUUAUGUUGACAUUACAAUAUUGUUUACAUAUAUUCAGCUAUCAUGAAAUGCCUCACGUGUGGCCAUGUAUACGUGCUAAAUCAAAUUAUUAUUUUUUUUGUUCCACAAGUUGUUGCUAAUUGUUUGCUUUUGUCUGAUUUCCAUGUAACAUGCAGGGCUCAUUUGUGCAUAUGAUUUAGUUGAUUCAAAUGUUUCAUGGUAAAUGUUAUACACAUUUUGUCCAGAUUUAUCCAUUUGUAAUAGGGAUGUUCCAGGUUCAAUGCAAGUUAAGCUUAAUCAACAGCAUUUGUGGCAUAAUGCUGAUUAAGACAAAACUCUCGACUCGCCCCUUAUUUAUAAAAAUAAAAUAAAAAAUAAAAAAGAAGAAGCUAAAAAAGUGGUUUAAUUAAGGCACUUACAAUGAAAGUGAAUGGAGCCAGUUCAUAAACAUUAAAAUACUCACUGUACCAAAAGUAUAUUCAUAAGACGUAAACAUUACAGGCGUUAACAUGAUAUUAGUCUGAUUAAAUUGCUUACUAAUCUUAUCUGUGUCAAAUUAUAUCCAAUAUUACAACUUUGUUGUCAUGACAGCGAAAACCCCCGAAUCCUGGUAAUCGCUUACAAACCUUAUCUAUGUAAAGUUAUACCACACGAAAAUCAGUCUAACACGUAUAACGUUUACGUUUUGUGGUUGUACUUAAAACGACUUGUAUUUUAGCUUUGUAUUUUAUUUUUGCUUUUUUUAAAUGAAGGGAUGAGUUGAAAUACUUUUUUGUGGUAAUCAACAUUAUACCUAAAAAUGACGUUGAUUGAGCUUAACUUGUAUUGAACCCGGAACAUUUCUUCAAAUUAGAAGAAGAUGUAUACACUACAUUUAUGGAAAAUGUUUUUGGUAUAACCUUUCAAUAAAAAACAUGGCAAAAAUGACAAAAUCCUAAA